CCCGUUUCCUGUGAGCUGCAUAUAAACACGACAGAAGAAACGGCAGCAGCAGGUUGUUCAAGAAAAUCUGCAAAUGACAGCUCCAUAAGUCUCCCAAAACCACCGAUUUACAACCUUUUAUUAUGUGCGCUAUGGUCCAACUCUACACAAUUCCCAUGCAUUCACCAUGAUGCCGGCUCAGUGCCCUGUGGCCAUCCUCUUCCUCCUCCUCCUCUCUCUGCCCCUCUCUCUCUCCUUCCUCAGCUCAUCUGAUGACCAGGAAACGGUGCCUGAAGAAUGGGUCCUGCUCCACGUAGUCCAAGGCCAAAUCGGGGCCGGAAACUACAGCUACCUUCGUCUCAACCAUGAUGGGAAAAUUAUUCUCCACAUGCGCAGUCUUCGCGGGGAUGCUGACCUCUACGUUUCGGAUAAAACUCUUCGCCCAAGUUUUGACACGUACAAGCUGCAAUCGGCAACAUGUGGGCAAGAUAUUGUCGUGGUACCUGGGGAUUUUGCCAGACCGGUUGGAAUUGGCAUUUACGGACAUCCCUCGUACCAAGAAAGUGAGUUUGAAAUGAGGGUGUUUUUGGAUGAUACAGUGCCUCAAGAUCCAUUCGAAGAUAGCACCUUGGAAAACGAACAAAAUCUGAAAAAAACACACGCAACUUCAUCAGACGAUUUUCAAGAAGAGGAGUCGAUAUUCUGGACAAUACUCAUAGGACUUCUUAAGUUAAUUGUGGAAAUUCUAGUUUGAAGUUGGGAAAUAGAGAUGCAAUUGUAAUUAUUUUUCUAAAUCUGUCAUAAAAAAUUAACUACAUCUUUGUAAGUCCAAUUUUGUUUUUUGGGGGUGGAACAAACGUAGGAUGCAGGAAAAAACUACCUCUGAGUGAAAUUGGAUUAACAUAAAUCAGUAUUGCAUCACAUUUUAGACCAACUGUUCUACUGGUCUCUAGUGGAACUCAAAUGACUAUUAUAAUAAAGAGAGUCAUUUACCAUCAUUAAGACAUGCUUUACAACUCUUAUACAAUAUUAACCAAUUACAUUUUGGGUGGAUGAUAUGGUUAAAAAGAAAACUAACAAAUAACAGUCUAGGCCAUUUUGGUUAGAAUUCUAGUACUUUAUAUAUUGUCGUUUAGAGGUAACUAAAGCUCACUGGUUCUUAUGAGAGUUCAUACGUGACAGGUUGAAACAGUAUAUUCUUAUGUUAACAUUUAGCGCAGAAAAGUGGUUAAGAGCAGGAUGGGGCUGGUGAGUUACGCUGUUCACCCUUGAUGCCGUAGUUAAAAUUUUUGCUUUGAUUUAGCACAGAUAUUUAAAUUGUGUAGUCGUCAACUUAACUGCACCAUUUACUAUAAAUUAUGUCCUGUUCUUGCCAAUCCCAUGUACCCCGCCCAUAGUUACUUUGAAAGAGUUCAGUAUUAAAAAACUAGAUUGGAAGCUCAUCGUCCUUCGGUGUGAGCAUAAAAUAAAAUUCAAUCAGGAAACAGCUCAUGAUGGUUACCUGAGCCUGUUGUAGCCACAGUAUUACAGAAAAUUGCAAAACCUUAACUGGAACUUGUCUUUGUCUGUUUAAAUUGGACAUUUGAGUCUCAAGUCAAAUACCGUUCUUUACCUGUAGAACUUCAAGGAUGGAUUUAGUGGUUCAGUUUGAGGUUGGUUUUCUCAGAUCAGAAAUGUUCAACAGUGCCUUGAACUUCAGCCACAUAAUUUAAAGUUUGAUAAUAAAACAUUUUUUCAAUAA